ACCGGAAGUGGUUCUUUUUCUGCCUCCCACAAUGCCCCACGUGCAGCGGGGACCGGAGGCUCUUCGCACACGAACAAAAACACGCUCGGGACUCGCCGUCGCUGCAGCCUGUGCGGGCUGAGGGAGGACGGAGUUGGGACGUGCAAUGGCGCUGCUGCUGCGGGGAAGCUGGGCGGCCCUGAGGGCACUGGGCCGGACCGCCGCUCUCCGAGCCGCCACCGCCGACCGAGGGCUGCUUGAGCCGCCCCCACGGAGCGGUUCUGUCUGUGGAUUGGAGUGGUUUAUGAAGGACUGUACUUUAUCUAAUGCUCCAAAGAAGCCUGUGACUUCAUACAUUCGUUUUGUAAUGGACCAUAGACCCAUAGUCAGAAAACAAAAUCCAGAUUUGAAAAACACAGAGAUAAUUAAGAAGAUUGCUGAGGCUUGGAGGGAGCUUCCAGAAUCACAGAAGAAAGUAUAUGAAGAAGCUACCAAGGCAGAUUUAAAAAUAUACAAAGAAGAGCUCUCUAAAUAUAUGGCAGAGCUCCAUCCUAAUCAGAGAAAAAUUUUGAAAGAAGAGAAGCGUCGAAGAAAGUUUAGAAAGGAAGCAAUAAAGAAAAAAAGAGAGCUAACUGCCUUUGGAAAGCCCAAAAGACCUCGCUCAGGUUAUAACAUUUUUGUCUCUGAACACUUUAAGGAAGCAAAAGGGAUUUCAGCACAGGAAAUGCUGAAGCUUUUAAACGACGAGUGGAAAAAUCUGGCGGAAUCUCGGAAGCAGGUAUAUUUACAACUUGCCGAAGAUGAUAAAAUUCGUUAUGCAAAUGAAAUUAAAUUGUGGGAAGAAAAAAUGCUUGAAAUUGGACGGGAAGAUCUUCUACAGUAUUCGAAGGGAAAAGUCAGAAUGAGGAGAACACGUUGAAGACAGCUGUUGAUGUUUGCUUCUUCGUAGUGAAUAUGAUAAAUACCCAAGAACCAAUCAGGUCUCUCACACAGGACUGUGGCAAAAUUUCUAAGAAUGAUGUUGGUGAACAUUUUAUAUUAAUCUUUUUGUUAACCCGUGGACUUCAGCCAGUAUACUGACAUUUUGUAUUGGCACCAAAUGAUGGAUACUCUGCUGGUACAGACUCAGUCUAAAGUUAGAUAUGUUUGCUUUUGGAACUACUGAAUACCAAAAAAAAUCCAUCUAGGUGUAGGAAGAUUAAUUUUACCCUUAGAUAAAGGCCAGUCAGACUGUGAAAUAUUUUUGAUACUGGAUGAUGACAAAUGAGGAAUGAGUUUCCUAAUGAGGAAACAAGCAUUUGCUUUUCUCAAAUUGUUUUAAAUCAUAAAAGCCACAGUGGUCUGAGCUGUCACUGUUACAUAUUUUUAAAGAAUGAGGAACUGACCUACGUAAAUUUCGAUACCUAGGCAAGUUCUGAUUCCUAGGUAAUACUAGCUCAUGUAGUAUUCAGAGGUGACGAAUGGACACAUAUACAAUUGCUGAUUUCAUUUAUGACUUAUUAAAAAAAAAGCUACUGAAGGAUUUGUAAAUGUUUCCAUCCAUCCUUUUCUUUUGUAAAGAUUAUGUCAACUCUGCGCAUUGGUAUUUAUAUCACAGAAUAAAAUCUUCUAAUGCAUUCUACCUAA